AUGAUUUCAAGUAUCGAUCAAAGUUUCGGGGUAACGAUUACGAUACUACUGCCCUCAGAAAGCAAUCUUCUUGAAACGUUCGCCCCAGUCGUAUCCCUUGUUCAAUACCUUCUCUUAACUAUGCGUCAGCUGCUCGAGGAGAAGCAGCGCCACAAGCGACAAAGCCAGGGACUACUGCAGGCCUCUGAUGCCCGCCGGCCUGCGUCGAAUACGGCUGUACGGAGCCGACUGCGCAAGGAUGAGUCGCGCCCCCUCAUGGCCGGUCUCAGCAUAGACAGACCUGUGCAAGACGUCGUCAGCUGCUACGACGGCCCAAUGCUCUUCUCCAGCACUGACACCUUGGAUGCCCCCGUCGGCGACAGCUCCAAAGACACUGUCGUGCAAGACGACAUCGAAGGAGAGAACACCCUCGCCAUUGCCUUGAACAGCAGCCCAAUCCCACCAUCUCCUGAUGUAGAGAAGAAAUUGAAGCAGCUGGACCUCAGCGAUGACCUGACGAGCAUCAACGGUGACGAAGACUUGGAGAGCACGCCCAUCACGUCCGAGUCCGUCUCCAGCCGGGGAAUGUCAGCGACAGUUCCCGACACGCCAACAGACGUCACGGACACCAUAGCGCAGGUUGAAGACGUUAGCGGCGGCGUUGGCGGCGUAGAUGGAGGAAAGGCGCAGCCGGCCAUGUCGGUGCCCGUGAUGGACCUGGGUCCCCUCGCCGACCUGCUCGACCGUGGUCAUCUUGAGGAAUUCUCCACGGUGCCCUGCCCUCAGGGAACCACGAUACGAUGCCGUAUCACACGAGACAAGAAGGGCGUCGACAAAGGGCUCUAUCCCACUUACUACCUCCACCUCGAAAAGGAAGACAAUCGAAAGGUGUUUCUGCUCGCCGCACGGAAGCGUAAAAAGAGCGCCACGUCGAACUACCUGAUCUCUGUGGACCCCACCGACCUUUCGCGGGGAGGCGAGUCGUUCGUGGGGAAGCUGCGCUCCAAUCUCCUCGGCACCGCCUUCACGAUCUACGACUGCGCCGAGAAGCCCCGGCAGAACGCCGAGAAGCGUUCGGUUCGUUCCGAGAUUGGAGCUGUAGUUUACGAGACCAACGUGCUGGGAUUCAAGGGACCCCGGAAGAUGACCGUCAUUGUACCAGCUAUGACCAAAGACCACAAGAGGAUUGAGCUGAAGCCGUCUUUCGAACAUGGCGGCCUGCUUGAGCGGUGGAAAAGUCGCAACACAGAAAACCUGCUUGAACUUCGCAACAAAACGCCGGUCUGGAAUGAAGACACGCAGUCCUACGUGCUCAACUUCCACGGCCGUGUCACGCAAGCAUCCGUGAAGAAUUUUCAGAUAGUCCACGAAAACGACGCCGACUACAUCGUGAUGCAGUUUGGCCGAGUGACAGAAGAGUGCUUCAGCAUGGACUACUGUUAUCCUCUCUGCGCCCUGCAAGCGUUCGCAAUCGCCCUGUCGAGUUUCGACAGCAAGCUAGCCUGCGAAUGACUGUUACUGCAGUCGUCCAACGACAUUCCCUUGCUGCGGAACAAU